UUACUGCUGAAUUCUGUAAUAAGAGUUAUCCAUUUAACCGUUGCUCUUUGCCUUUGCCUGCUCCCCUGCUAUGGCUUUGAGCUUCUCCUGCAGUUCUGCAAUGCCCCCUCAACAUCAGGUGAAUGUGACAUUUGGAAGCAAAAACUCUCUUCAGAACGUGAAAAACCUCAUCAAAUCAAUUGGGAUUCCUUCAAAAUCAUGUUCUCCACACAUAUCCCUCCAACAGGGAAACUGGGUCAAGCUCAUAUGUGGUGCUAGCUUUGAGGAUGUAGUUGAUAUCAGGAAUCUCUCCCUUGUUUACACUCUAGCUGGAGUUGAUUGCAUUGACUGUGCUGCGGAUCCAUCUGUAAUCAGUUCUGUAAAUGAAGGCAUUGAAACAGCUAGGGAGAUUGUACCCAUCAGAAGGCCUUGGGUGAUGAUAAGUGUUAAUGAUGAUGAGGAUCUUCAUUUCCGUAAAGCCGAAUUUGACCCAGAGAAUUGUCCUUCCAACUGCUCAAGGCCUUGUGAGAUUGUUUGUCCUGCUAAUGCUAUAUCCUUUGAGAGAGAAAAAUCAACAGUGGAAGUUCUCCUUGGUACCCAUCAAACGGGUAAACUAAAGGGUGGAGUAAUAACAGAGCGCUGCUAUGGCUGUGGUCGCUGUUUUCCAAUUUGCCCGUAUGAUAAAAUAAGAGAGGUUACAUAUGUAAGAGAUGCUAUGGCUACAGCUGAACUCCUUAAAAGGACUGAUGUUGAUGCUGUAGAGAUACAUACAAGUGGAAGGCAGACUCAGCACUUUAGAGAACUUUGGGAUGAUUUGGAGGAUUCGGUUAGAUAUCUGAGAUUAGUAGCAGUCAGCUUACCUGAUACUGGGGAUGCAACUAUUUCUUCUAUGAAUGAAAUGUAUGCUAUCAUGGAACCUCAUCUAUCUUGCUUCAAUUUAUGGCAGUUGGAUGGCCGUCCAAUGAGUGGAGAUAUUGGGCGAGGUGCCACAAGAGAAUCAAUUGCUUUCGCCGUUCGAUUGGCUGCUUCAAGGGAAAGACCUGCUGGCUUUCUUCAGUUAGCAGGUGGAACUAAUGUUCAUACAGUUGAAGGUCUAAAGAAAAGGGGACUUUUUCAAACACACAUCACUUCUGGUGCAGUAUCUAAUCAUCUACAUUCUUUAAUUGGUGGAAUAGCAUAUGGUGGUUAUGCUCGGAAGAUUGUUGGAAGAGUCCUGAGCUCCAUGCAUUCUCAGCAUGGUCUUACCGGCAUUGAGCAUCACGCUGAGCAUCUUUUGGAGGCACUUAAGGAAUCCCUUGACUUGGUUGGAACUGUUAAGUCUUAUAAUAAUCCCUUUGGCAUACAACAGUAGCGCCUGUUUUCUAUCAUUCAGGUAUAUAUCCAAUAUUUUCCAUUGACGAUCAAUAAUGCUUGAUAUCUUCAAUUCUCCUUGCAAAAUCAUCUUCUUCCUUGAAUCAUCCUGAAUAGAGUAACACAAAAUUAUUUGGUUCUUACCACCAUAUUUACCACAAAAUUUCUUCUAUUUUUAUGUUAAAUUUUAAGAUACCUUGCUUACUUUGCGUUCAUUGUUGUUCAACAUAUUGAGCAGCACAUAUCAUAUGAGCCCCUUGGCUCCCAUAAUAUCAUAUAUUACGCUAAGCUGACAUAAGUAGAAAAAUAUG